AUGACUAUUCAUUAUAUACUAUUUUUAUGUAAAAAGGAAAAAAAAUCUAUGGAAAGACAAGGGUUCAAUUCAAUGCUGUUUACUAGAGGUUUAGAAUACAGGCGUGGUUUAGGUAAAUCCAUAGAUAGUUUUGAUCCUAUUGAUAAAAAUAACGAUGAUCCAGAUAUAUCUGAUGGAUCAGAUAUCUCAGAUCUAUUGGAGAUAGAUCUAUCAGAUACACCAGAUACCGAUUAUCUAUACAAUCCAUUUGCUGAUACAUCUGAUAUAUCAGAUCCAUUAGAGAUAUCUGAUACAUCUGAUCCAUCAGAUACAUAUUAUAUAGAUUAUAUAGAUGGAUCAGAUAUCUCAGAUCCAUUGGAGACAUCAGAUUUGGAUUAUAUAAAUGAUCCGGAUGGAUCAGAUAGAUCAGAUCCAUUAGAGACAUUAGAUCCAAAUUAUAUAAAUGAUCCAGAUGGAUCAGAUAUAUCAGAUCCAUUGGAGACAUUGGAGACAUCAGAUCCAGAUUAUAUAAAUGAUCCGGAUGGGUCAGAUAGAUCAGAUCCAUUGGAGAUAUAUGAUACAUCAGAUACAGAUAUAUGUAAGAAGGAUAGUCAUGAUAAUAGCAAAAUUGAUAUGCUGGCUAAAAUGAACCAAUAUAGUCAUUUAUGGGUUCUAUGCGAAACUUGCUCUGGCUUAAAUUUUAAACAAUUUUUAGUAGCCAAAAUGAGUAUUUACGAAUACUGUGGCGAGCAUCUGAAAAUGAUAAGUUCAGAUAGAAUCGAACUUUUGAUUGAUCCAGGUACUUGGAAUCUUAUGGAUGAAGACAUGGUUUCUCUGGAUCCCAUUAAAAAAUUUGAUUCGAUUGAAAAAAUUCCAAUUCUUCAAUGGGAUCCCAUUGCAUUCGACUUGAUUUUCGUGGAUCCUCCCGAGGAAUAG